AUGGCUAUCCUUUCCUCUCCGCUUGGCCUUGGCGUCUCCCUGAUAGCCAUCCUAAUCGGGGCUAUCAUCUUGGCCAAUAAGAAACCAAAAUUCCCAAUCAUCAACAAAUAUCCCAAAGACUACUUCCACCGUCAGGCGAAUCACGAGUACAAGACCAACGCGAGAAGGCUACUCAAAGAUGGCGCUGCCAAGCAUGGCGAGAACCCAUUUGCCAUCUUGGUCCCAAAUGGUAUAAAGACAAUUCUGCCACCUUCUUGUGUCGGCUGGGCCAAGAACAACAAAGACUUGGACCAUCAACAACUCGUGAGAGACGAAUACUUUGCUAGCUACCCUGGUUUCGACGUUCAGCAUGUCUUGCAUCACCCGAAUAGGAUGGUCAUCAACAUGGUCCAAGGAAAGUUGUCCAAAACUGACAAGACUCUCCCUGUCAUGAAUAAACACAUCAAGGCAGGCUUGUCUGAUAUUUGGGGAGAAGACAAGUCUUGGAAGACACUCAACUGGGAAGAUGGAACUACUGGAGUUAUUUCUCGUGCAGCAGCAUCUAUCUUCGUCGGACCAGAACUCGCUGCUGACCCUGAAUGGCAAAAGGUCUCGAGGGCUUAUGUUCUGGACUACUUCGGCGCUGUUGGAGAAAUGCAUUUGUGGCCCUCGUGGUUGAGAUGGUUGGUUGUCUGGUAUCUUCCAGGUGCCUCAGCUUGCCGUGCUGGUCUGAAGCGAGCACGCGAGAUGGUGAACAAGGUCGUUCAGAAGAGACGACAGGAGGAAGAAGAGGCUAAGAACCAAGGAAAGGAGCCUCCUGCUUACUACGAUGCCCUUGCUUGGACUCUUGAAUCGCCACUCGGAAAUGAGUUUGAGCCUGCAGAUGUUCAGCUAGCUCUGGCCAUGGCCGCCCUGUUUACCACUUCAGAGCUUUUUCGCCAGAUUUUGACUGAGAUUGCUCGUCGCCCUGAGGUUGUUGAGCACCUGAGACGAGAGAUUGAAGAUUCUUCACCCGAUCACGACUUUACUGCUACCUCACUCGUCAAGAUGCAGUUGCUCGAUAGUUUCAUGAAGGAGACCCAAAGACAAAUCCCCUCGCUAGUGAUAUUGGAGAGAUUGGUUAUCCACGACACCCGACUUCCCGAUGGCACUGUUCUUAAGAAAGGAACUCAUAUCGCUAUCGAUUCUCGAGAGAUGUAUGAUCCCGCGAAGUUUGAGAACCCCGAAGAGUUUGACGCCUGGCGUUUCUACAAACGGCGACAAGCUGGAGACAACACAAGCUUGUUCGUGCAAUCGAGCCCGGAGCAUGCUCAAUUUGGCAUGGGUAAGCACCUAUGCCCUGGAAGGUUCUUUGCAGGUAGCGAGUUGAAGCUUUGCCUGGCUCAGAUCAUACUCAAGUAUGACAUUAGAUUGAAGGACGGGUGUUUGGGAAAGCCUACGGAGUUUGGCUUUUUGAGUGCCACUGAUCCAUACACCCAGCUAGAGGUUCGAAGAAGAUAG